GUUGGCAUACUUUGCGAAUCUUUGCGACCUCGACCUACCAGUCAAUCCUACUGCAGCCUCAUCACAUCUCCAAGUGUCACAAGAUAGUGGCAAUCAACGUCCGUGAUGAAAUGCGCCUUUUGCAAUGUGGGUACUCGUGGUGAUUUGCAGCCUUUGGUGGCCUUAGCCCUCGGCUUUCGUGCCAAAGGUUGGGAGGUGCUUCUGAUCUCCGAGGAGCGAGGAAGAGCCUUGGCCGAGGAGUUCGGCUUGGAGUUUCGCGCCGUGGCUGGGGAUUCAUGCGGCAUCGUUUUUGAGGAGGAGCACGCUGAGAUGUUAGCCAAGGGCAAGCUGAUGAAGAUGAUCCAGGAGUCCGAGCGCCGCAAAAAGACGUGGUACGACCAGACGUUGAAAGACUGGGUGGAAACGACACGCGAUGUGCACCUCCUUGUGUCCGGACCGCUCGCCUACACUGAAACCUAUUGUAUUGCAGAGAAGUUGGGUGUACCUUGGAUCCCAGUGCUCUAUGGGCCCUAUUACCCGACAAGGGACUUUCCCAACCCUUUCGUGAUGGAGUCGAACUGGUUUGGUUGGUUGAACCUUCUCUCCUUCAAUUUCCUUUACUGGGCGUUAUGGCAGCGGCAAGUUUCAGAAGUCAAUGCCUUCCGAGCCGACCUAGGACUGGAGCCGUUUCCCUCAUUCGCUCAUCGGAGGGGCCUCUUCAGCAUCAUCGAAGAGAAGGAACUACUUGUGAUUGGUGGUUUUCAUGAAGUUGUCAUCCCCACCCUGAAGGUUCCUGCAGAUUGGCCAUCACACUUCUUCUUCCCGAACUUCCUGUUUGUUCCCAGGACACCCAAAGAGUCCUUAGAUCCCAAGUUGCAGGAUUUCAUGAGGAAAUCUUCUGGAAAGUUGAUCUACCUGGGCCUUGGUUCCAUGCCAGCACCCCGACCGAACGAGCUGAUGGAGCUCGCAGAAAAGAUCGUGAACGCCCUGCAGGUGAAAGCAGUUCUGUGCGCAGGGUGGUCAAAUGUCAAGACCUCGGAGGAGGAGGAGGAGAUCUUGGUGGUCAAAUCAUGCCCCCAUGAUCUGCUUUUCCCAGCGUGCCAGGUCAUCCUGCAUCAUGCAGGGGCUGGUACCUGUGCAGCAGCACUACGUUCUGGUGUUCCAAGUGUUUGCCUUCCAGUGAUACUGGACCAGUUUCCCAAUGCUAAGCAAUUGGCCAUGCUUGGAGUGGCACCUCCAGCUAUUCCCUUCAAGGAUGUGCCAUCCUCACAUGAUGCAGUUCUUGAGGCUAUGAGACGUGCGCUGGAGUCUGCAGAGAUGAGGGACAAAGCUAAGGAGGUGGCACGAAAAUUAGACGAGAGCGACGGAGCUACGCAAUGUGUCGAGAAGAUUUUGCAGACCUACUUCUCAUGAGAUCUAUUGAAAGCUUUGUUCGCUUGCCGAUGAGGCAGCGACAGCGGACCUGCAGAAUCAUGCGGAAUCUGACAAGACUCGCCACAUCUCGCCACGAGUGCGAAGCACUGCGGCUCGAAAAGGGCAAUAUCGAUGUUGAGAUACAUGCAGUAGUCACGGGGUUGGCGAAGGGCAUGAUCGAAAGCUCAUCAAUUGGAGUGUUUUUGGGAUGUUU